UCCCUCAUCCUCCAUAGCUAAAACCUUCCUUUUUUCUCUCUCAACACACAUUCUCCGAUCCCGAAAAUGGCGACCUCUACGCUCAAUCCAAACGCUCCGAUCUUCGUGCCGUCGGCGUAUCGCGCGGUGGAGGACUUCUCCGACCAGUGGUGGGACCUCAUCCGCUCCUCUCCCUGGUUCCGCGACUACUGGCUCCGCGAGUGCUACGCCGAUGUGGAUGACUUCGACUUCGAUUUCGCCGGCUUCGACUUCGAUUUCUCUGGCCUGGACUCCGAUCCUUUCGGCGACGGAGCCGUCGUCGACUCCGGUAACACCGACCAGGAGGAGACUAAGACGGAUCUGGUGACUCUAGGAGCCUUGAAGUGGCAGAAACCGCGAGUCGCGGCGGAGAUUCCAAAGUACGGCCAGAAGGCGCCGAAGAUCGUGAAUGUGAAGGUGAGCCCCAGGCCGAUUCAGCAGCCGCGGUAGAGCGGUUCGUUUGCUUGACUCACUGAGUUAGGUCAUUACUGAGUACCGAGUCGGAUAAACAAACUUUCUCUCAACUUGUCAUAGUUUCAUUUCAGCUUUGUUGUACAGUUGCUUGCUUGCCUAAAGCUAACGUAGUUCCCUGCCAGUCUUGUGUUUGGAAGUUGUAUCGAGUCAUGUAAUCUUUGUAAGAAGUAGAAUAAACAACCAAAAGAGUUUGAUCAUUCUCUACACAUAAA